AUGGUCAAGCUCACCGAAGUCGAGGAUGAGCACUUUGCUCAGGAAAAGCCCCAAUCCAGCAAGCACAAUGUCCUUUUGGCCGAGGACGACGAGGACGACUACACUGAUACCGAGUCCGAAAUUUCGAACGAUUCCGACCUUGACGAAUUCGAGAGCGAGGGCCUGUACGAACGUUUGUCGGCCUUGAAAGAUAUGAUUCCCCCUUCUACCCGUCGCCACGUCUCCAGUACUGUUUCCUCCGUUACCUCGUUUACAAAGUCCAGCAUUGCCUUCAGCGGCAAGGCGUUGUGGAUCAUCAGCACCAGCGCUUUCCUUCUGGGUGUUCCAUGGGCCCUUGCCUAUGCCGAGGAGGAGCAGUAUAUCCAGAUGGAGCGUGAGCAGGGUAUGAUUAAGGGUGCCAACGAGAUGCUCACGCCAGGUGCUUCUUCGGAUGAGAAGACGGCUCAACCUUCCUUGUAA